AUGAGUAUUCACCAAAAGAUGCUAGCAAAGCACUAGCAAAAUAAUUAGAACUAGCAAUAUGAAUAAACUGGAUAAAAUCAAAGUAUUUAAGCUCCAUCAUUGAAUUAACAACAAUAAGAUUAUCAGUCUCAAAAUACCACAUCUGGCAAUACAGGUCCUUUUGUAUAAUAGAAUAACAAUAUGUAAUAAGGAUAAUAUCAAAAUAAUGCUCAAUACUAAAACGUUUACUAACAAAGUAUGCAAUAUAAUAAUAAUUUAGGAGGAUAUGUUCAGAAUAUAAAUGAGAAAAAUUAAAUAGAAGAAAUUUAAUAAUGGGCAGAAAACUUCAAUGCACCUAAAUUAUAUGUCAGAAGUACUACUGACUGCUUUCCUAAAUCAAAAAAAUUAUAUCAAGAUUCAAAUUAUAAAUUUGCUUUGAUCAUACAGCCUUAUGGUUCUCAAGAUGUAGAUUUUCCAGUAGCUUCAACUAAAUGCAAAAAUAUUAUUAGGUGUGACAAUUGCCGUGCCUAUCUAAAUCCAUUUUGUAGAUUUAUGAAUGAUGGAUAUAAAUAUAAAUGCAACAUUUGUGAUAGAUUUGAAAGUGUGCCUAAUUUUUACUAUAGUCCACUUGACGAAAACGGAUAUAGAAAAGACAUGUAUGAUAGACCUGAGCUUUGUUAUGGUUCUUUUGAUAUAAUUGCAGGUCAAGAUUAUGUUGCAAGACCUCCAAUGCCUCCAACUUUUUUCUUCUUGAUCGAUGUUUCUAAAGCUUCUGUAGAAUCUGGAAUGCUUAGUGUAAUUUCAAAUCAAAUAAAGGCAACAAUUAAUGAUUAGCUUUUAGCAGGAAAAGAAAGAACAUAAGUAGGGUUUGUGACUUAUGAUAGCAAGAUACAUAUUUAUAAUUUAAAAUCUUCUCUAAAAUAACCUUAAAUGUUUGUUUUAUCUGAUCUCACUGAUAUAGAAAUUCCAAUUCCUGAUGAUUUGAUUGUCACCUUAAGUGAUUCUAAAGAUCUUGUCUUGAACCUCCUCGAUUCGUUACCUAAAAUGUUUGAAAACACACAAAUAAAUGAAAGUUGUUUAACUUUUGCUUUAAAUACUGUAAAUAAAAUCAUUUAAACUGUGGGUGGUAGACUUUUUAUCUUCUAAAAUAGUGCUUCAAUUAUCAAUGAGCCUGUAUUUUAAAGCAAAUAAGAUCCUAAUAAAAAACCUUAGCCUGGUGAGACCCUCUAAUAUUAAUAUCAAUUACCAGCUUCAUCUCACUUUAGAAAUGUCUGCUCUGAAAUGCACAUCAAUUUCAUCAAUCCUUCAAUUUUUAUUUUCUCUGAUACUUUUAAAAAUGCAAUUACUCUUGGAGAACUAGCAAGAUUCCUUAAUGGAGACAUAUUUUAUUAUUAUGAUAAGCUGACAAGAUAAUAGCAAUUAGAGUAAGAUUUGAAGUAUUCCUUAGAAAAAUCAAUGUCCUGGGAAAGUGUAUUUAGAAUUCGUAUUACUCAAGGAUUUAGAAUUACUAAUGUUAUCGGAAAUUUCUCAGUAAAGUCAACAGAUCUUUUAUCAUAUCCUUGUGAUGAGAACAAGUCUUUAAUUUAUGAAAUCGAGAUGGAUGACACAAUAGCAAGAGGAACAAACUUAUCAAUUUAAACUGCUUUGUUAUACACAACAAGUGAUGGAGAAAGAAGAAUUAGAUCACAUAAUUAUAUUAUUCCUCUCACUUCAGAUCCUUAUGAUAUUUACAAACAAGCUGAUUGCUCAGCUUUAACUGCCUACCUUGCAAGAAAUGCAAUAAGCAAAAUAUAUCUUUAACCAAUAUCAAAUUUAAAAGCAGAACUAAUUGGAAUUACUAAAAGAAUUUGUUCGAGUGCUAUAAGCGUUAAUUAAAAACAACUACCUGAUAACUUAGCCUAACUUCCUCUUAAUGUAUUGGGAAUUAUGAAGCAUGCAAUAUUCACAAGCAACUAUUAAAAUACACCAUUUACUGACUUCAUAAACGUUUAAAGACUUUAAUUUAAUUCUAUGCCUGUUGAUGAAUUGCUUGUUCAUUUUGUGCCCUACUUAUUCUGUAUCGAUGAUAUGAAAGAUGAAAAUGUGUCAUACAUUGAUGAUUAAGGGUUAUUUGUAUAUCCAUAAUCAUCCUUAACAGCAUUCAGCUCAUUAGGAAAAACAAUUUAUCUAAUGGAUUUAGGACAAUAGCUUAUAUUAUAUAUUAAUACAAACGGUACUGAUUGGAAUUACAUUACAGACGUAAUUGGAUCCACAGACUUUAGUUAAGUUUUCACAGAGGAAAACCUCUAUGCAAAUACACAUAACAGAAUAAAUGAAUAGUUAUCAAAUUUAAUUUAGGAACUAAGAAAGAGAAAGAGUACAAAAUAUUGUCCUCUAAAUAUAGUUAUAGCUGGUACUGGUUCACCUUUAGAAAAUUUGUUCUAUUACAAACUGGUUGAAGAUAAAUACGUUAAUUACUCUAUGGGCUAUAAUGCUAGUUAUGAAGAGUUUAUUAAAUUUUUGAUGUGA